UGAAGAGCCUACUUUUUUUUGUGUGAUUGAUAUAUCAAUAUUGAGAAUAUUACGUGUAUUUUAAGUGAAUUUUGUUAAAACAAAAUUUAAUAAAAUGGAUACUAUUGCCGAAACAAUUGUUGGAUUACCAUUCAAUAUACUUAUUGUACCGAAUAUUAAAUUAAAAAAACCAUUAUGGUUAUGUUUACCAUCAUCAAUGACUGUUUUUAGUUUAAUAUUAGUAUCAUAUUUUUUUGUUUGUGGUGGUAUGAUUUAUGAUGUUAUUAUUGAACCACCUGCAAUUGGAUCAACUGUUGAUGAACAUGGUUAUUCACGUCCAGUUGCAUUUAUGCCAUAUCGUGUUAAUGGUCAAUAUAUUAUGGAAGGUUUAGCAUCAUCAAUGCUUUUUACAUUAGGUUCGAUUGGUUUUAUUAUUUUGGAUAAAACACAUCAACCAACUACACGUAAAUUAAAUCGUAUAUUUUUAAUUUCGAUUAGUUUUUCAUUAAUAUUGGUAUCAUUUUUUACUACUUGGGUAUUUAUGCGUAUGAAAUUGCCUGGUUAUCUGCAAUAAUCUUUGAAAACAUGGUUUUGUUUUUUCCCUUUUCGUUUGAUAAUUCUAUUC